ACGCUCGCGAAAGCGACCUACGAUUUAGGACCCACUUAUCACGGCCCUCCAGCCCCACUGUCAAAAGACGGAAAAGUGGUUGACACCCCGGAGGUCGCUCACGCGAAAGCAGCCCAUUUCGCGGCCUAUCAUCACAUCGCUUCCAAAUUGCCCUCCGAACCGGAUGAAUGGACAGACGCUUACAAGGAUGAAGUAGACGAAGUAGCAAGUAACGAAAUCGGGUAUGGAGAUGGUCAUCAUGGACAUUAUGAGCAUCAUGACCAUCAUGAGCAUCAUGAUCAUUUUCCGGUCUAUCAUGGACCACCUGCGCCGCUGGGACAUGACGGCCGAGUUGUUGAUACUGACGAGGUAUUUCACUUUUUUUUUUUGGAUUUUGUUGUAGAGAUAUUGCGGUUGGCUCUAGAACACGCGAAAGCUCUAGCAGCCAAAUCUGGCGACCAUCAUGAUUACCAUCAUCAUCACCAGGAGCACCACCACGAACAUGAAGAAUCUGCCCUGGUAAAGUCAUUUCACCACGUUCCGUUUUCCUACCACGGACCACCUGCUCCUCUGGCCCAUGACGGGCGAGUAAUUGACACUCCGGAAGUCGCCAAGGCUCGGGAUGCCCAUUUGCAUGCCUUAGCCCACGCUAAAAGUCUCUUUCAUCAUCCGUAA